AUGGCUACAAUCCCAUCCACCCACAAGGCCGUCGCCAUGCCCGGCCCCCGGGAACCUCUAACCAUUAUCGACGUCCCCACUGUGCGCCCCUCCGCCGGCGAGGUUCUCGUCCGCGUCGAUUGGGUCGGCUCAACCCCGCUCGACCUCCACCAAGCCGAUGGAGGUCUCGGCACCGUUCCCAACCAAAUCCCCGGUGAUACCGUCGCCGGCGUCGUACUUGACAUUGGGCCUGGAGUCACGCAGCUCAAGGUCGGCGACCGCGUAGCCAGCUUCUCCCACGAAGAACCAAAACACAAAGGACAGCAGGAAUACGUCACAUUGCCGACAUAUCGCGUGUCCAAGCUGCCCCCGAACAUCUCCCUCCAGGAAGCUGCGACGGUGCCUAGUUCACUGGUCACCGUCUUCCACUCCGUCACUCAUGAUUUGGGGUUUCCGCUUCCGUGGCCCAUCCCCGAGGGUUGGAAGCCUGAGCAUGCCGACACUCCCAUCCUCGUGUGGGGUGCGGCGAGCAGCGUGGGUACUUUUGCCGUGCAAGUGCUGAAGCACUGGGGCUACCGGAACAUUCUAGCCGUCGCAAGCUCAAGGCACCAUGCAUGGCUGAAAGAUCUCGGGGCGGCGGCCACUUUCGACUAUAGGGACAGUGAUGUUACAGACAAGAUUCUGGCCAGUGUCGGUCACCAAGCAAGCAGGCCUCGCGUUCCUUACAUCUAUGAUUGCAUUGGGUCCUUGUGGAAUUCGAUCGAGCCUAUCCGUAGGGUUGCUGAAUCUGGCACCCGCGUAGCCAUCUUGUUGCCUGUAAUUGUUCGGGAUGCGACCGAUACGGUCGCUCCCAUUUAUGAAGGCGACGUAACAAAGUGCCAUGAAGGAAAGUGGGCCGAGGGAGUCGUCUUACGGAGAGUUCGCACGCACUUUUAUGCGCAGAACGAAUUUCUCAAGGAGUAUCUGCAACCUGAAAUUGUACCUGCGCUUCUCGAACAAGGAAUCGUGCGUCCUCUGAGACAGAAGAUUGUCGAGGGGGACACACUACUAGAGCGCGCUCAAAAUGCCUUGGAUCUGCUUCGCAAGCGCAAUCCAAGCGGGGAGAGGCUUGUGUGGAGAGUGUCAACUUGA